GCUUUAAGUUUGUGCGGCAGGAGGAGCUGGGUGUGACUCCAGGUGCACAGCAGCACUGCUGCGGGGCACCCGAGGCGUUUCGGGGACCCACGGGUGCUAUGGGGAACCCCAGGUGUUUUUAGGGGAGCUCUGGGCGUCAAAGGGAACCCGACAGGGAGCAGGUGCAGCAGACACCACCACCCCGGCCAGCUCCUCUCCUGCAGCCGGACCAUGCUGCUGAAGGCUGCGCUGCUCCUCUCGCUGCUGGCCAGCUGCCCAGUGUCCCCGGCCAAGCCGGAGCAGAGCGGCCUCUGGGAGUACCUGAGCCAGCUGACGGGGGACAAGGACGGCCUGGAGCAGGGCCAGAGCAAGCUGGGCAGGGACAUCACGAACCUGAAGGAGAGCAUUCAGGAUGGGGUCAGCUACAUGGGGGACUUCCUGGAGAAGCUGUCGCCCCUGAGCAGGCGCCUGCAGCCGCGGCUCCCCGAGGACUCGGCCAGCCUGCGCAGGGCCCUGCGCAGGGAGCUGGACAGCCUCCGGGACAAGCUGUCCCCGUACGUGGACGAGGUGCACCAGCAGGUGGGGAAGCAGCUGGACGAUCUGCGGCAGCAGCUGCAGCCGCUGACGGAGGAGCUCCCCCCCCCCCCCCCCCAGCUGCAGCCGCUGACGGAGGAGCUCCUGGACCAGGUGUCCCUGCGGGCCCGGCAGCUCCGGCGGCACCUGGUGCCCAGCCGGGAGGUGACAGCGCAGCUCCUGGGCGGCGCCGACGAGCUCCAGCGCUUCAUGGCUCACUACGCCGACAAGAUCGCCUUCCACACGGACCAGGUGAAGGACAUCUUCCACCCGUACACGGACCGGCUGCUGAGCGAGAUCCACCGCAACGUGGAGGAGCUGCACCGCAGCGUGGCCCCGCACGCCCGCGCCAGCCCCGAGCAGCUCAACCAGCACAUCCAGGAGCUGUCCGCCAAGCUGGCCCGCAACGCGCGGGACCUGCACCAGCAGAUCCAGAAGAACCUGGAGCAGCUGAAGGCCAAGCUGCCCCUGAGCCUGCUGCCCCGCAGCCUCGGCGCGCCGCCGGGCCGCUCGCGGGAGGCGCUGGCGCGGGAGGUGCAGCGGCGCGUGGAGGAGUUCCGGCGGGACACGUACGCCCAGAUCCAGGCGUUCACCCGCGCGCUGGACCAGGAGACGGAGGAGAUGCGGCUGAAGCCCCCCCCC